UCACACUCCAGUCCAGUAGGUGGUGGUAAUGCUCCAUAGCUUGUCAAGCGCCAUAAAAAUCUUACUAGAAGAAGUCGUCCAGGGAUAGACGCAGGUCACGGCAGUGUAGUCGGUCAGCUGUAAGCUCUCUUGACACAAUGGGGCGUCACUUUGGAGACUUGGCCAAGAUAAGACACAUAAUUACUUACAGCAUCUCACCCUUUGAGCAGAGGGCGUUCCCCAACUACUUUUCAAAGGGAAUCCCCAACGUCUGGAGACGAUUUUCAGCGUCCGUCUUCAAAAUCGCACCUCCCAUGAUUUUGAUGUACCUCACGUACACAUGGGGCAAUCAUGUUCACGAACAGAGCAAGAGGAAGAGUGCUGCAGACUUUGAGAAAGACGAGUGAAUCAAGUCAACAUCUUUUGUGUUCUGUGUGUAAUUUUUAAAUAAAAAGGAUGAUAUCAAGUGAGAA